UGGCUGUCAAAUGGUCUAAUCUGUCAAAGGCACAUAGUUGGAAAAUUUGGUGUGAAAUAGUUCUGGCUCGCUAGCAUUUCCUUGCGGAAACAGUAUAUUUAUCGUGCAAAAAACGUUUUGUGCACGAUGGCUGAGCUGCUGAUUGAUCCUAACAUUCGUGGCUGGGUGUUUUUGCCCAUCGUUGUAAUCACUUUUCUCGUCGGUAUCAUCCGACAUUAUUUUUCCAUUCUGAUAUCGUCUCAGAAAAAGGUAGAACUUACCCAGAUCCAGGACAGCCAAGCAAUGAUCCGGGCACGGCUACUACGAGAAAAUGGCAAAUACCUAACGCAGCAAUCGUUUGCCAUGCGUCGGCACUACUUCAACAACGAAGAUACGGGUUACUUCAAGACGCAGAAACGAGCACCACCGAGCCCGAACUCGACCGCAAUGUUAUCGGAUCUGGUGAAGGGAAAUUUUAUCAACGUGUUGCCCAUGAUCGUGAUCGGUGGAUGGAUUAACUGGAUGUUUUCCGGGUUUGUCACUACGAAGGUUCCAUUCCCGCUAACUCUUCGCUUCAAGCCGAUGUUACAAAGAGGUAUCGAGCUUGCCUCACUCGAUGCUGCCUGGGUAUCGUCCGCAUCGUGGUACUUUCUGAACGUUUUUGGUCUGCGAAGUAUCUAUACACUUGUGCUUGGUGAAAACAAUGCGGCCGAUCAAACGCAAUCGAUGCAGGAUCAGAUGUCCGGUGCCGCCGUAGCCAUGCCACAAGACCCGAAGGCUGCUUUCAAGGCAGAAUGGGAGGCGCUGCAGAUAACUGAAUAUCAGAAUGUGCUAGCAAAUAUAGAAAAUGAGCUGCUGACCAGUAAUGGUCUUUCUGGUGACCAGCCAAGCCAAAGUGCGCCAUUAGAGGACGGAUCGGCGCUUCGGAAUUGAUUUGUGAGGGAAGGUCUGUGGCAAAUGCAUUAAUAAGAUUAGUUGUUUGAAGGAAAAAAGCAUUUUAUUCGUUUACGCAUUUCAUCAUAGAUAAGCAUUUGCACCCUUAUUUUCCUUACAAAUUAUGCAUAAGGACAAAAGACACGUUCUAGAAGCGAAAGUUAACCAUAGUGCAUGGUGUAAACAACCGUAACGAGUUGGUAGUUAAAUGAAUUAUUUAAAUCAUCUAAAAUAACAACAUUAUCCAGAGUAGUAACUGCUUCGUUUGAAAGCAUUUGAAAGGAAAUAAAAAAGGGAAAAUAAUUACA